AAUGUAGAUGAUGCCCUUACACAAGUAUAUAUGCUUGUCCUUCAAGUACUUGAGUUUAUUUAUACUUACGCAUUCUCUGAUAAAUCGACUUGCAAUUCUGAUUACAGUCCAUUGGGAGUGAUAGUAGAGGGCGCAUGCGGGGUAUAGGUAGAAAUGUAGGCAAGAUUACAUUGAGGAAGACAAUCCCUAUUGUAGAUAAGCUCAAUAUGGUGAUGCAAGAUCGAGAUAAUUUGAAGGAGGAAGUAGGUGAAAUGAAGAAAAGCCUGGUAGACCUCCAUGUGAAGGUUAAUUGUAUUGUAGAAAAGCAAGGGGAACAAGGUGUUGUGGAUCCAUCGACAAUACCUCCAUUUAAAUCUAAUUGUGCCUUGUUGCUUGAUUUGAUACAUAUUGGCAAGAGAUGCGAUCUUUGCGAUUGGAAGAAACGGGCAGUUGCUCGUGGUGAGGUGCAUGAAGUUGAUCUAACUGCCCAUGUCCAUGGAGCAGAUCUAGGUGAAGGAAAUUUUAGAGUUGUCCUGAUCGAGAUUAAAGCUUCGCAUGCAGAGUUGUGGAAGGAAGUUGUUUAUCAUCAUACACUUGGAGAGGUCGGUGUAGGAGGAUUUGUUCUUUGGCCCAAGCUAUUUCUAACCAUCUAUCCAUGAUGUUUAUGAUUAGACAUUACAAAAACUAAGACAAUUUACUUUUAUUUUCAAAUUAUACGGUAACAUAGACAGUUAUCUGAAUAUUAUGGAAUGGAAUGGAU